UUAUUCUCUAUCCUAGCAGGAAAAGGGUCAGAGAAAACCUAGCUGUGUUACGGUUUCGACACAGGUUUUUCCUCGUGCCAUGUUAAAAAAACGAAAGAGUUUGGCGUGGAAGCAUUGUGCUAGUUCACGUGAUGAGCGUCGAAGCGGAUUAUCACUGUUGCACAUAAAACUCCUAGGCAUAACUGCAGAACACAGUCAGUAAGCGUACUGCAGACAACGUCUGGCGCGGACAUUCAUCGACGGUAUUACGACAUUUUAUUUGGAUUUGUGAAACAGCAUGCCAACACCGGCAGAUGAAAAGUGUUGCCUCGUUGAGGUUGUUGACAUCUACAGUGCUGCGAUGUCGACAUUGAACUUCUUUUUUCUUCUAAUCAUCACUGUGAUGGUGACUGCAAUAUUCCGGAGAUAUCGCAAGCAGUGUGGCUCGUCCACUGAUCCUGAAAGGGCACACAGGAAGGAAAACGGCAAUGGUGUUGCUGUGUCGGUCCAAAACGACACAUCUGGUCCUGGAUUUGACACUUUCUCACCUCUUCUGACAAGAUCGAGAGAGCCGCUUGACGAUGUUGCCAUUUCUAUCCCAUCACCUGCAGCAGAAAUCCAAAGUAAUUUGGAGCAUUUUCUUGUGAACCUAAGCAAUACUCAAGCCAAGGUACCGCAGCAGCGUCGUAGUGACGAGGCCAACGCAGUCUCAACAGGUGCGCAGCGGCCUAAAGAAAGACGAACCCCUAGCCUCCCGCGUAGUCCUGAUACUAAACACAAAGCGAUCAGGCAGGCCAAACCAACCAGCCAGGCUCAGAGCAUGAAGAUGGUCACCACUGAGCUGAAUAGCUCCAAGAAGUUCCAGAGGAGGAGCAAGGAAAGCCAAGAGCCCCGGCCGAACGAUUCGGAGCGGGAACCAGAGGAAGCAUGUAGGGGAGCAGCGGUAGUGAAUUCCAACCGUGGAACUAAAGCGAAUCGAGGCAACGAAUAUCAACUGACCGUUCUCGUCAAGGAUCCAGCUAGAGACACAUCGAAUCACCAGGAUCAUUCUCCGUAUUACCACAAGGUCAUGCAGGACGCAACAUGGCAGCAAGGAGACCGUGAUCCUGAAGAUGAGAUUGAGGAUCCAAACGAAGGCGGUGGAUUCCGUGAAGAAAGGAGCAUGAGUGAGACCUGGAACACAAAGACUACAGCUUAUGGCUUUCCAUUGAAGAUGACAACUGAGAAGAAUGCUGAAGCAACCAAGAAAACGAGACAACCCGUAGAUGACUACGAACAGGUAGCCCACAACCCUUUCCUGGAGAAGACACACAGUGUCGUGGUGGCUGCCGAAGAUGGAGGUGAAUACUCCAAACUCAACCGCAGAGAGAAAAUCACAGAGAACACCGCACGAGUCCCUACGGAGGGGUACGAUCACCUGUCCAACUCAGAGAAAGAAACUGCAACUCCUGUUUUGUAUGGCUUAGAGCAGUUGGAUACCUUAAAAGAACCCAAUUAAAUCUUAAGCCUACUCUACUGACUCCCUUGCUCACCAACCACCUACGUUAAUGCCUUUUCGACUCUACAUGAAGAUUCCAAAUGAUUUCAACGCCAGUCAGUCCUUCGGAGUACGUAUUUGAAAUUGAAUGAAAACGAAAGGACGGGUCCAUCAGGAAACGAGAUUUCCAAAUUAUAAAAAGUGAGCAUAGGACUGAAUGUCAUAUAAUGUGCGUGUAUAUUGUGCGAUGUUAGCUUCUUUACCCACCGUCUUACUACUACCGCAACAUUAUGAACCUUGCUGUAAAUAAAAUACCUUCAAAACCAAAUAACCCUUUACUUACUGUUGUAUUUAAGCAGGCGUGUAACUAUGUAACAUGCCAAGAUAUAGAAUGAGCGAUCGGAGUGGCACAUGAUAACGAGACUUUUGGUUUUAUGUAACAUUUUAUUAAAAUCACAUUGUCUUACUAGUUUGUAUCGACAAUAAUAGAAUUUUUUAAGGGACUUUCGCCUUAAAUAAAAUGAAAUUUUAUAUCAUAAAAUAAUGUAGAGUAAUCAUUAAUCAUUACUUAUUUUAGACAACAGACAGAUGUUACUUUUAAUUUCUUACCCACGUUAGGACAUUGUUUUAUUGUAAAAUAAUAAUGCAAAAUGGGUGUGGAUUUUCAGACAUUGUAUAAUGUUCUUAAACUUGACGUAAAGUCUCAGUUAGUACUGAAGACCAACUUGACAUAAUUCAGUUUGGUGUGCUGUCAUUUAAAAUUAAACGGAUAUAUCAUGUAGCACUUGUUUGGUUUUAAUUUGAAUAACCGGGAAAGAUUGAAGUAGAGCUUGUAAUAAGAAAUAAUUGGGUUCUUUCAUUGAAUUGACUGACAUUUUUUCACCUAUUCGAUGGAUUUGUGUUCCACAGAAGUUGAUAUUCUAGUUUCAUCCGUAAUUUGUACAUUUGUGAGUUUUUUUUUUAUAGAAAAUGGAUGACUAGAGAAAUUUAUGCCGGCACUGUCUCUCGUUUUGAGAUCUAAUUGUAGCUUUUUGGUAAAAUUCUUGACAAAAAUGUCGUUAACAUUCCUUUCAGAUAAUCGUACCAAUUCAAUAUUAAGCACUGGAAAUACGUUUGAUGCUACCAGAAUAGUCAACUUUUUCACCAAUGAAUAUUCUUCAAAUAAAUGAUGUAUAUAUCGAAAUUUGAACAUUUAUCAAAUUAAAGUUUUACAUAAAAAUAAUAAAACGAUUAAAUUUGUUGACUUCAUAUACAAAGACAGUAAUUAUUUUAAACGCUCCAAACAUUACCAUAAUUUAUACAGGAAUGUAAUGUUAACUUGUAACCUUUCGUAUGCUUACGAUAUGAGCCAUUUCGGUCUUCCCUCUGCGCAUGCACACUUCACAAUUUUAGAUUUUGUUCUUGGGGAUAAACAUUCGAGAUAAAUGGGUAAAAAAGUCAAGUCUACGGCCAUGAAUCUGAAGUGUAUGUUCAAUCCAAGGGCAAAAAGUACUAAGUAAUUUUUUUUAAAUGAAAUCAAAGGAAAAAAUUGUACACCUUUUCAGAAUUUUGUGAGUUCUUGAGAUCGAAAUGUUUUCCCUAUGUCGUUGGUUUGGCAUGUGCGAAAUCACACACAAUUGAUCUUCGCUAUCCCAUGGUUUUUUCAUUUGUGACCAUUAGAUGCCUUUGUGCGCAUGUGCAGUUGAAUACAUAACUUGCAUUUUGUGUCAACUUAAUAAUAUGAGACGAUCUUGAUAAAACUGUAGACAUACGAUUAACGUAUAUCAAAGAAUAACGAAUCUUUAAUUUUGGCCAGGUCAAUAGUAGCGAGUCCAUGUGCGUUUUAACUUACUUAUUGAAUUUAAGUUGACAAAUGACAAAUGGAAAUUGUAGUUUGCGGGAAGUUUUGUUAAAACAUGAGUGCAGCAUAAAAAAAUUCAAAACAGACUGAAAAUCAA